AUGAAUUCGGAAAAGAGUCUGACAGAGCUCAUAAAAUCAAUGCAAAUCGCUAAGAAGCAUGUAGAACCGUCAAAUAUCAACAGUGUAUGCGUUUCAUUUGAUGGUGAAUCGAUUGUUACUGCUUCUGAUGGCGAUACAGUCACGUUGUACUCAUGUGCCGAUGGAGGGAUGAAAAGAUUACUUCAUUCGAAGAAAUAUGGGUGCGAGAAUGUCAAGUUUACGCAUCACGAAAGCCAGAUCUUGUACAGUUCCUCUAGAGGAAAUGAUCAUGCGAUUCGUUAUCACUCGCUUCAUACCAACCAAUACAUUCGUCAUUUCCAAGGACAUACUGAUCGAGUGAGAUGUCUGGCAAUGUCCCCGACAGAUGACUACUUCAUGUCUUGUGGUGAAGACAACACUUUGAGAUUUUGGGAUUUGCGGUCCCCAAAUUGCUGCGGAAUGAUGGAAACAAAAGGUGUUCCGAUUGGAACAUUUGAUCCUGAAGGGUUAAUCUUCGCCGUGGGAAUCGACUCCCAUCUCAUUAGACUUUAUGAUCUUAAAUCGUAUCAUCAGGGUCCAUUUUCGACAUUCCAACAAGUGCCAGAUACGAGUCUAAAUUGGAUAGGACUAGAAUUCUCGCUCGAAGGAAGCAAAAUCCUCAUUUCAACAAACGGCCAGCACAUGAAAAUAAUCGACGCAUACGAUGGCAAAACAAAAGCGCUUUUAGGCAAUUAUCAGAAUACUGCUCAACUACCGCUCAACGCUGUUUUCUCGCCUGAUGGAGCUACAGUAGCUUGUGGAACAGAAGAUGGAUUUAUUCACCUUUGGGAGUCAGAGAAAGGCGAACACAUCGGGAAACUCGACGGUCGUCAUCCAAAUGCUGUUUGUGCCGUCACAUUCAACCAGUCAUCAGAUAUGUUCAUUUCCGCUUGUUCUCAACUGUGUUUUUGGCUACCCGACGAGAAAUAUGACUAA